AAAACAGCUUGAGAAGAGAGACUUAAGAAGCUCAGCUGCCUUGUCCAGCUUCCAAAGGCAAUGCUGCUCGUUGUCAAAUGAAGAGCAGGCAGCUCGUUGACGAUUUUUUUCUAACUGAAUGACACAGUCUUAAGCCUGCGUAGUGCAAUAAAGCUCUCCUUUCCGCAGCCCCUGAUGCUUUGCUCUGGCGCACUGCGCAGUGCUGCUUUGCCAUUUGCACGCGGCAUCCUCAGGUUCAAAAGCAGCUAUGAUGGGAACAAUGUUUUCCUGGUCCAGUCCGAUCACAAGUUGAUACUUUCAAGUAGUGGUGGGCUCAGAGCAGCCAUGAGCACGUCUGCAGGGGGUGUGCAGCGGGAGGAUAGCGGUGCUGACGAUCCCACAUUCACUGCCCUCGCCCGGGCGCUACACGCCGCCCGCAGCAUUGCAGUCCUGACGGGCGCUGGCAUCUCAGCAGAGUCUGGCAUCCCCACAUUCCGAGGCGCGGGGGGGUUCUGGCGCCAAUAUGAUGCAACUGAGCUGGCAAAUCCGCAGGCAUUCGCCGCAGACCCGUCACUUGUGUGGGAGUUCUACCACUACAGGAGGGAGAUUGUAUCUGCUGCAGAGCCAAAUGCGGGGCAUCGUGCGAUUGCGGAGCUGCAGAGGCGGUGUGUACGACAAGGGAAGGACUUUGCAUUGUUGACGCAGAACAUUGACGGGUUGCAUCAGCGGGCCGGCAGCACGGGAGUGGUCAACUUGCACGGCUCUCUGUGGGGCACCCGCUGCCGACGCUGCGGUCAUCGAGAGGAGAAUCGGACCAUGCCGAUAUGCCCCGCACUGGCAGGGAAGGGUCUGCCGGACGCUUCCGAGGCGCGCAUUCCGACACUGGACCUGCCGCGCUGCGCGGAGGCGGGCUGCAACGGGCUGCUUCGUCCGGAUGUGGUCUGGUUCGGAGAGAACCUGGACCGUGAGAUCAUACAACGCGCGGACGCAGCGCUGGAGAGCUGCCACGUGUUGCUCGUGGUGGGGACCUCGGCUAUUGUCUACCCCGCCGCAGGUUAUGCUCCAAUGGUGCGGGCGAGAGGCGGAACGGUCGCAGAGUUCAACAUCGAACCAACGGGAGCAACCUCCGUUUGCCAAUUUGCUGUCACCGGGAAAGCGGGUGUCACGCUCCCAAGGCUACUGACAGCCAUGGACAGUCUGAAGCACGGCAUGUAGUGAACAAGCGAAGCCAAGAUAGCAUGAAACCAAGAGCGCUUGGGUAUGCUGCCUAGGGUGUAGGUAAGAACUUAGUUGUGGCUACUCCGUUGUUAAAGGUGCGGACAUAGAGUGAAUUGCUAAGAGCAGUCGAAUCAAUCAGUGCAACGCCCACAAACUCGCGCGCAACGAUUACUGGCUCAUGAUCAAGGUCGGCUUCAGCAUUAUUUAGUUCGUUCAGUAUCAUUGUAAAUAAACGAAGAGCGACCAUUGAAGGCGAGUCAUUUUGUUGCUAUCCCAGCAAGUAUACGAGUAGCACGCGCCAAAUGUACAACGACAGGCUGCGGCCCCCUCGUCACCAUAAGUGGGAAUGUGUAUUGAACACUGACG